GGCGUUCGAAUAUCUUAUAAUUGUUUUGGGAGGAGUUAGUUUAUUGUGCGUGCGGCGGUGGUGGAACGGGCGAACCCUAGAUGGACGAGAGAAAGUGGUGGGUCGAAGGAAGUCGGGCUGAGGAGGAUGGAUAGUCGGAUGAUGGAGGAGGAGGAGGGAUUGGGGGGGAAGAAGGGGGCGGGAGGUGCGGAGGGGGAGGUGGACUACAAGACGAAGGCGGGGACGGCGUGGAGCCACUCGUACCUGAACCAGAAGCCAUGGCACCCCCUCUCCUACCCCAACCAGCGCCGCAAGUGGAUCGCCGAGCAGACCCACUCCCAACGCCAACGCCGCCAGGAGGAGGUCGCCCGCGAGUUUGCUCAGGAGCAGGAAUUCUUCCGCCAGACGGCUCUCUUCUCCAAGAAGGAGAAGGAGAAGGUGGAGAUGAUGAAAGCCGUGAGUUUCAUGUAUGUUCGGCCACCUGGCUACAACGCAGAGAGUGCCAAAGCUGCAGAAAUCGCCGACGAAAAGAAGAGGUCGGACCAAAGUAAUGCAACUCAGGAUCCUGCAGCACCCAGUGCCUCUGCAACGGCUGGCACGGGACAUGACCAUAAGCAUUCCAACGUAGAAAAGAAGAAAAGGCCUAAAGAUGUUUUUGGCAGGCCACUGCCAACAGAAGAGGAAUUUGAAGUUCUGAAAAAUGCUCCACGGUUGGAAACAGGUAUGCCUGUGAGAAUUAAACCAUUUGGAGUUGAAAUCCGCAAUGUAAGAUGCGUUAGAUGUGGAACAUUUGGUCACCAAAGUGGUGAUCGUGAAUGCCCCUUAAAGGAUGUGAUCAUGCCUAAUGAGGAGAGUCGGAUAAAAAGAGAUGAUCCAUUAACUGCUAUAAUGGCUCAGACGGAUUCUAGUGAGCCUUUGAAGUGGGAACUGAAGCAAAAGCCAGGGAUAAGCCCUCCUCGGGGUGGGUUUAAACCAGAUGACCCUAAUCAGCAAAUAGUAGCAGAUGAUAUUUUUGAUGAAUAUGGAGGAUUUCUGAGUGGUGGUGAUAUCCCUGCUCUCCUCACCAACUUCUCAGCAGGCAAAAAAUGUAACAAGAAGCAUUCCAAGCACAAAAUCAGGCACAGGCGCCAUUCUUCAUCUUCAGCUGGUCCUAGAGAAUCCAAAAGGAAACGAAGGGCUCACCACUCUACAGCAUCUUAUUCACCAUCACCCUCCUUCGACUCUGAAGCUGACGAGGAUAGCAGGAGGACGUCAAGAAGCAAACAUAAGAGGCAGCACAACUCAGACUCUUCACUGGCAUCCGAUACUGAAGUUGAAAUUGAUGAGAAAAGCAGGACAAGGAGGCCAAGGGGCAAGCAUAAGAGGAAUCGACGGCGAUCAGUGGAUUCCUUGUGCUCUGAUUCUGAAGCUGAUGAAGAGAAAAACAGAAGGCACUCUUCCAAGAGAAAGCAUAGGAGGAGACGAGACCACUCGGUCUCAUCAUCUGGGGACUCGGAACCUACUAGGAUUAAAAAUGAAAGUAGGAGCCGUCAAAGCCGAAAAUAUAAAGACAAGCGACAGUAUGCAGAUUUAGGUGCAUCUGAUACCUUUGACUCAGAUCGCCACCGCCACCUACGAAAACACUAAUGGGAUCUCACCAAUGGGAUUUGGUAAAUGGCAGUAUAAGCACCAUGUAAGAUGCUUUGAAUUAUUAUAGUGUGUACGAAGGUUGGCGAUCCUUUCUUUGGACGCGUGGUUGUCAUGGUAUUACUAUAUAUAUUGAUGUUGUUUUUACCAUAUUACGCCUUUCGAAGUUGGUUUAGCCCUUUAACAAAGAGGAUGAUAUGCCAAAAUUGUCAAGAAAAGCAUAGAUGGACUAUACAAGUUUGCUAUGCUGCUCAUGCUGAUUCUUUGUCUCAAGUCAUGCUGCAAAUGUGAUAGUGAAAUCUCUGUGGUUUAAUAGCCGCUACGUAGUUUAGUGCUUGCUAUCCAGAAUGCCAUUUAAGAGCUCUCCAUGUAAUGUAAUGUAAAUCUGAGUCAAUGAUAAUGCAGUUCAUUUCCAUUCAAUUCAAAUCUGCCCCAUUACAUGUGGUGCGCUCCUAUCACAUGACUUAUGUGCACCCUAACAUGUUUUUUCACUAGUUUUUUUUGAACUUGGUGAAACCAUGCCUGUUUUGUAAGUCCCUUGCUUGAAGUUAUUUGAAUAGUACAGAUCUGCUCUAAGUUGAAGGCUACCUAGCUUAAUUUUGUGAGUAACGUAGAGUUUAGUCCAGCUUAAUCUGUUAUGUUGCUUUAGGUGAGGCUCAUUGGGAUGGUUAGUUUUUUUCAGAAUAAUUAAGUGUGAAUCCUCACCAGUAGGGGUUAUACUACUAAGCUCUGACCCCAUUUUACUGCAUUUUCCCUAUUAAUAUGUGCAUAUUUCCAGAUGUUUGAACAUUGUAAGAAAUCCUAUCUGAAGAAACAGUAAUCCAAUAAUCCCUUGCUACUGCGAUUAAUGGACAAUAUUGAAACUUGCCUUGUCAAGUACUUAUCUUACUAAGUUCUCUUUGAUUUUCGCUUGAGAUUGAUUGUUGAAUAAGGAUGCAAUAUAUUGUUGUGCCUGCUCUUUUAGCUGACGUUCUUUUAUCUACGCCUGUUCCACACGUCUAGCCAGAUGUAUAUUUUUCUGAGACACUUUCUUUUUUUUCUUUUAUGUCUUCGAGAAAAUUGAUUCCCUCGCAAACAUUUCAACUAUAUCUACCAAGAACUGUAGCAGAAGAUCCAGCCGGAUUGUUGUCUAAGACCCAUUUUAUGACUCAGUAACUUGAGGGGGAAUAGAUUUUUCCCCUUAUGUUGUUCACUAUAGUGCUUGCUUUUCUGUUUAUAUAUCAAAUGCAUUCAGAUAUAGCUAUUUACUUAAUGCAUUCUCUUGUCUACACUAUAUUUUGUGUUAUACACUUUUGACAUAUUUAACUUGCCUUCUUUGCUACUGUUAGGACCAAAGGAAUUCAUUUAUGUGUUCUACAGUCUUCAGAACCGGAGGGCCUGUAAAUAUCUAGGCCUCAUUAUUAUUAUUAAUCCGGUCUCCUGCUUUGAACUAUGUGGCCAAUGUGUUAAUAUCGUUAUUCUGGACACGUGCCACUUCCUGGCCAUCUUCGAGAGAUUUGAUCUUGACCGAAGAGGGAAAAUUGAUGCAUCUGAGCUGCAUGAAGCUCUUCUGAGUCUUGGAUAUGCUGUUUCUCCUGUCAUGCUGGACCUGCUCGUGUGACAAAUCAGGAGGCAAAAACAAGGCCAUUGGAUAUAACAACUUCAUCCAGCAAGAUACAUUUCUUAUUUCCUCAGUUUUCAUGGAGAUGUUGCCUCACAGUUAGGGGUUUGACGGAUAAAGUUCAAGGAGAAGGACACCAUGUGCUCUGGAUCUGCAACUUUCACAUAUGAAUCUUUUAUGUCGACUGUUUUGCCCUUUCUUAUUGCAUGAAGAUUAAGGUGUUUGUAUGAUAUGACAAGAUGUAUGAUAAAUAGUAACUUAGUAUGAUCCUUUUCCUAACUUCAAAACCUUCCUGGUCAUGUUGGUGAGAUGUUGGUUCUUAUGUUGCCUUUGCCGCUUAUGGGUGUGUUCACUAAAUGGGAGACUUUGUAAAUGCUCUUGUUUAUCUUUUUUCUGGUCCUCAUUUC